GCAGUCUCGGUUGCUCGUCUUACGGGUUACGCACAAAAAGGAGGAAAUAUUGACGUAAAUUCCUGCAUCUUUGCCACUUUGAUCAAGAUCAAACAGUAGCAUAAUGCAGUCUUUACAAGCUUUCAUUCUAUUGGCAGCUUUAGUCACGUGUUGCGUCACAACUGUGGUAGAACAUAGCGCAUGCGUGGACCAUAGCAUUCCUGAGUCACUUCAGAAUGAAACAGUUUCUAACCUGCUCAAGAAGUACAAAGACUACCUUAUGACAACCAAUGCCACCAUGGCGGGCUGCAAAGAGAUUACUGUGUUUGACAUUCUUUCUCAUGCUGUAAAUGCCACGGGGGAUUUAACGGAAACUAUGAACAAGCUGGGCAGCAGGAAUGAUUGUGCACCCUAUUUGGAGUUUACUUUGAAAGAAGUCGCAUUUCAAAAUCUCAAAGAUCCUGAAUCGUUCCCUGGAAACACUACCGUUAACGAGUUACUGAACAUUCUCAUGACCAACACGACCGAAACUGUAUUGAAAGAUGUUCAUGCAGUGAUAAAAGUAAGCUUUCAGAACAAGACUGACAUUGUGAAUAAGACGAUCCACGAGCUAAUUGAAAUGGGGCACUAUUCAGAUCAAUCUCGAUUUGAUCAUAUCAUGCUUUUUGCUAUCAAUGCAAGCAAUGUUGAAGAAGCGGCGAUGGAACUUCGCUUUCCGAGAGAUCUUCUGGACUUUAGUAUGAUCGAGAUGGUGGACUUGCUUUAUACGAAUGUGAGCUCGUUUCAGAAGGACCUUUCUCUAAAGUGUGCCAUUCGCCAUCUUCAGUCGUCAAAGAAUUGGCUCAUGAAACUCAGGCAAUUUAGAAGGCAAGGAAGACUGAAAGUUCAAAAUAAAACAGUGGAUGAUCUUUUCAAGGAGAGUGGACUAAACAAAACAACCACAACUCUCUACGAUCUCUUUCGUAUAAUGUUCAAUGUACAGGUCGACAACGUGACAUUCUGGGCGUCUUACGGUCCAAGACGAGUUGCACUGGAAGAUUUCAGAUUUAGGGUUCUGGACUUUGCAAAAAUAGCUUUUCGUGACUCUGGGGUUAUAUUGAAUUCUACUGUUUCACAAAUGUUUGACUUGGUGUUUGCGUACAGUCUAAUUUUCUCACAGUAUAAGAUGAACAUAGCACAGUCAAAAUCGCGAAAGGAACUUAUUCUUAAGCGAUACAAUGUUACAAUGGAUGACUUAGAAAAACCACCUUUUAACCUCACACCUUCAGAAAUCAUGUCGUUGAGCGACCGUGAAACAGAGAACAGAGCCAUUCAAAUUUAUUUUAUAAAAUACGCCGAGCACGAAAAUGUUACCCUUGGAAAACUUGAGGAAUGGUCCAUCAUACCUGCUGGGCAGUUAUUAAAUGCUACAGUGGACAACUUCAUUCCUUUGUUGUUUAAAGUUGCUAAAGCUAAGCUACUACGGGUUUUAAGAAAAGGAAACGCUUUUCAUAAAAUCAUUAUCAAUACAAGCUCCAUAUCCUUUCUUAAUCUAAAAGAACAGAUUGCAGAGGAAUGGCAACCACUGACCACUAACCUGAAAGGACUGGUAAAGCUGAAAUUAACGUACUUGAUCUUCCAAGUAAACGGAUUGAAUCCAACUAAAGUGUGCAACACGAAUUUUUAUGAUUUUGUCGAAAAUCAUUUCCUUCCUAAAAACACAACUUUCAAAGAUCUCUUAGAGAUUUUUGGACUUCAUCAAAACCUCACCUUGUUGGAGAGAGAAUUCAAGAAGUUCACGUUCUGCAAUUUCAACGAAUUUAUCGUUUUACGGAAGUUUGAAAUCCUCAGUUGGACGGUGGAAGAAUUCGUUAAGAAAAUUUCAAGGGCUAUUUUGACCAAUAUUGAUGAAUGCAUAUCAAGAAAACCUUGUGCCAAGAUAAGUGGUGUGACCUGUAAGGACAAUCCCUUUGGAUUCACAUGUAUCUGCCCUAAAAAUAAAACUUUGGACGCCAAUAGAUUGUGCGUAGAUAUCAAUGAAUGCAGACAGAGGCCAAGACCAAACUGCCGAAAUAACUCACACUGCCUCAACACGGUAGGGUCGUACAAGUGCCGAUGUAACCCAGGAUUUAAAGACGUUAAUAACACUUGCGAAGAUAUUAACGAGUGCACUGAAAAUACUCAUGAAUGUAACCCGCGUGCUACAUGCAAUAACACCGUUGGUAGCUACUCGUGCAGCUGCAAUAAGGGAUUUACUGGAAAUGGAUAUAGAUGUCAAGACAUCGACGAAUGCGACAUGGGAAAUGUAACCUGCCGCAACAACUCAGAGUGCAAGAAUACAAUUGGUUCAUAUAAGUGCCAAUGCAAACGUGGCUUUAAAGACGACGUCAAUAACACAUGCACAGAUAUAAACGAAUGUAAACUGAAUCCUAAAGCAUGUUUUAGCCACAGUGAACGUAAUGUGAACUGUACGAACACUAUUGGCUCAUACCGUUGUGCUUGUAAGCGCGGAUACAGAUAUGUCAGACACCAAAGAUCCUGCGUUGACAUCAAUGAAUGUGAGGAGCAAAGACCCUGUAGAAGCUUCGCUAACAGUAUGUGCAAUAGCACUGGCGAUUACUCUUAUGAAUGUGUCUGUCGUCCUGGUUUUGAGAAAAACCCCAAAAACGGCUCUCUAUUGAUCAAUUGCACAGAUAUCGACGAGUGCGUAGUCGGCAGUCAUAAAUGCCACAAGCAUGCUACAUGCAAGAACAAAGAUGGCGGUUACUCGUGCAUCUGCGAAAAGGGUUAUAAAGGCAGUGGGUUUAGUUGUAAAGUCGAGAGGCUCUUCGACGUUUCGCCAAGUGGACUUGAAAUCAAGAAACUAAAGGGAUUUGAUGACAAAAUCAAGCCCCCACUCAAGUUUUAUUACAAUGAAAAAAUGCAUAAAAAAUUUUACAUUACCGAGGAUGGCUACCUUGCUGUUGGUCGAAGGAUAAAAUCCAGUCCAAGGCAGUUGAAAUUAUUGAAUUUGGAUAUCAUAUCGAUAUUCUGGGCCUGGACAAACUAUAGAUAUGACACGUCCAAUGUGACAUAUUAUGAAUUAUCUCAGAGUGACGAUAAUGCUGCCUCCAUUCUGAGUAGGAUCAACAAACUUGUGAUCAAUUCAACAAACGAAGCAAACUUCGAUACCCAAUGGGCGAUGGUGAUCACUUGGAGUAACAUGUCUCCUUAUUGGUACCUGAGGAGAAUUUUUUAUAAAUCACCUUAUUCUAAAGAGACAAACACAUUUCAAGUUGUCAUCGCUGUUGCAGGCAGAAAAACUGUCGUAAUUUUCCUCUAUGAACACGGCGGCAUGACAUGGAAAAGAGGUCAAUUAAGAAAAGCAACGGUAGGAUUCUCUUUUAAAAAAAGGAGAAACGGUUAUCAAGUAGAUGGAUCAUUUAACGAUGAUAUCUUGAACAUCGAUGAGCAAACCUUCACCGAUCCUUCUGGUAAAAAGCGUCAGGGUAUCAUUGUAAGGGUGUUCAAAGAUGCAAAGCCAGAUGUAUCUCCAGAGGAAAACUGUUUGAAUUGGAUCUUGAAAGAAAACAAGAAAAAUCAAGGAUGGCUAAAUCGCCUAAUUGAAUGUCCUUCAACGGAAAGGCAAUUCUGGAUUAUGAGAUGGUUAUUCAGAAGAAUGACAAAUAUAAGAGAUCGUACAUGUUAUAUCACACGGAGAAGAGACAAGUCAUGCUGCUACGAUACUGAUUCUGGUGCACUGAUCACUAGUCCUUAUAUUAAGGCAGGAAGAGCGCUCGGACCGAAUGACGGCAACGCAUUCAACUGGUGCUGCAUUGAGAGCAAGAGGUACUGUGAAUCUUUCUCCCAGCUAAGACCAGCUGACUCCGACGAACAGCGGGAAUGCAGAGGAUUUUGUUCCUGGUUGAGGAAUAUAUGGACGAUACGCAUAAGACGCACAAGGAGAAUCCGACGACGUCCUUUUAGAAGGGGCUUUAUGUGGGGUGAUCCACAUAUUACCACUCUUGAUGGUUUUAAGUACACGUUCAACGGACUUGGAGAAUACGUAUUACUAAAGACAACUGAUUCAGAAGACUUUAACGCUAUUCAUGCUCGAACCAAGAGAUCAAAAAAUAAAGAUGGCAGCCUUGCAAAAGCAACUGUUUUCUCAGGGUUUGCUAUGCGGUCAAGUAAAAAUACAACUGUACAAGUUUUACUAGAUGGAAAUAUGGCUGGUAAUCUAAGUAUCACAACCGUAAACAAAUCAAUGAACUGUCAACCCUUUGGAAUCGCUGACAUUGAUGAGCAUCCCAUCGAAGGUUUCACACUCUCAAACAAUUCUAAUGCCUUGGUAGUCGUGUAUGACAGCGGGCUCACAGUAGAGAUCACACCAGGGAUGGAUCUGCUUCAGUUUGGACUCAGUAUCCCCACCAGCAAUUUCGAGAACAGAACAGAAGGACUUCUGGGUAAACUAAACGAGGAUCCAAACGAUGAUUUGUUCCUUCGCAACGGAACUGCCGUGCCAUUGAACUCGACUGAAAAGGAGAUCUUUGAAUACGGCAAAACCUGGGUUGUUCAAGACGACGAGAGGCUGUUUGUGAAUAGCAGUUGUGACAAGCUGCCAGUCUAUGUUGACGUGAACUUUAGACCGCUAUUCUUGAGUGACGUUCAAAACAACAUUACUGCAGAGAUGAGGGAAACCUGUAAGAACAAUACUGAAUGUUUACUUGAUUACUUUGUUACUGGAAACAAAGCGUUUGCCCAAGCAACUUUGAAAUUUGAGGAGGAAAAUGAGAAGGUUAAGAAGAUCUUAGAUAUCAACGAAUGUGAUAAUAACGCCCAUAGCUGUGGCCAAUAUCGGGUAUGCAACAACGCCCCGGGAGGGUACAAGUGCAGUUGCAAAGAUCGUCGCAUGUUUUCAAAUGGAGGAGCCAAAUGCAAAAGAUCUCGAAGAUUCAGAUUUUACUUCAUUCUCGUUCGUAUAAUUUGGAUUAACGAUUAUUCUGACGAGCAUUCCGAAAAAUCAGCUGCUCUUGUGAAAGAGAUCGUUAGAGUGCUGGAUGUCUUCUUCAGGUUCAAGUUCCAAGGCAGAUUUUUAGGCUGCCGCGUUAUGAAAUUCAGUCAAGGAAGUGUGAAAGUAAACGUGACACUGAACUUUGACAGUAACUCGACUGUGACAGCCAAUGAUAUACAAAAAUCUGUUGCAAAUGUCAGCGACAUUGGUGGCCUAAAAAUUGAUCCAACAAAGAGUGCAGUGUCAGACCUGGAUGAAUGCAGCGAUCCGUCAUUAAGCAAUUGUCACAAAGACGCGACAUGUAAGAAUGAGCCCGGCUCGUUUAGUUGCAGUUGUAACAAUGGCUACAAGGGAGAUGGAUUUACUUGUGAAGCAAUACCAAAGACUAAGGAUAAAGAUGACGACAAGAAGAUCAUGAUAAUCCUACUGUCUACACUCAUUCCUCUGGCUGUCAUCAUCAUCAUUAUUCUCAUCGUUUGCUGUUGUAGAAGGCGAGGAAAGGGCAAUCUUAAAAUGGAAGAGAGCUCCUCUGGUUACCAAAUGAGCAACAGGAGUAAUAUGUAUGAGUCCUCGAGAGUUCAAAAGGAAGUCCGCCAUGGCAGUGAACGCAGAGGCAGCGACGAUUCCAUAAAUGCUGCCUAUUAUGACAAUGUCGGCAGUAAAAAACAGAGCUCGUCGGGAAUGUACGACGUCUCGCAGGCACAAUACUACGACAAUCCUGCGGUAUCAACUUAGACUAAUGCCGUCAAAUCUUGAUUUGUGCCGCCGACAAUUCCAAGAAUAACUGAAAAUCAGCACUGCAUUAAACUAAUGUUAAACAUCAGAAUAAACUAGACGAAGCAUGCAUGAAAGCUUACUACUUACCCUGGUUAUGUCCUUACCAUGAAGGGGGAACCUUUGGUAGAGUCAAUGUAUUUGCUUCCAACUUUACAUUCCUUUCCCCCUUCUCAUGCAUUCUUUGUGUAUAGUUUAUAUAAUAAAUUUGAACAAUGUAGUACACCAGUGACAUGGGUCACAUGGAUGUGGAUUGUUAUAAUCCUUAUCCUUAUGGUGUCAUUUGCAUUUACACUUUUCCACGUACAGUUCGAAUUGUUAGUUUUUCUAAAUUCAUGCAUUAUGACAAUCGUAUACUUACCUUCUUGCAGUAAAAUACCACCAUUAUCAUCAUCAAUGCACUAUGACGUCAUGUUUACAGUUGCUGGCAGAUUCGAUGAAGACAAUGAAAAAAUGUCCUUUCUCUUAGAAAACAAUUGUCUGAUUUUUGUCAUAUUUUUUUGUCAAACACAACCCGUCUAUACCUGUAACUGUUCCAAUUCUGCUAAUUGGUUGUUCCGUCCUUCACAAUGCCUUAAAUUGCAGUUUUAUCUUUUUGCUAUACAAUCUGCCAUGAAUCUGUCAUUGUUGCCAUGGAUUGCUGCCAUGCCAUUAAGAUAGCUCUAUAGUUCACUGAGUGACGUCACAGUGAAGUGGUGAAAUUUUAACAGCCCACAGGCGAGGCUCGGAGAAACAAUGGAUAAUCUUAAUGUUUCUUUUAUUUCUUCGGAGCCUCGUCUACCGUCCUUUUAUGUAUGGGUCACUCAACCCAAAUUUCUGAAGUCAACUAUUGUUAUACACGCGACAUAAAACGUACAAUUGUAAAAAAGUUACACUAAGAUAAUUGCUCACUAUUAAAGCGAAUCUCACAAAAGUACA